AUCAGGUUGCCAUGAACCCUACCAACACAGUCUUUGAUGCUAAACGUUUGAUUGGCAGACGAUUUGAGGAUUCUGUAGUUCAGUCUGACAUGAAGCACUGGCCAUUUAAUGUAAUCAGUGAUAGUGGACGGCCCAAAGUGGAGGUUGAAUACAAAGGUGAAACCAAAAGCUUCUACCCAGAAGAGAUCUCCUCCAUGGUGCUGAUAAAGAUGAAAGAGAUUGCUGAAGCCUACCUUGGGAAGUCUGUGUCGAAUGCUGUUAUCACAGUACCUGCAUACUUUAAUGAUUCUCAACGUCAAGCAACCAAGGAUGCUGGAACCAUCUCUGGCCUCAACGUUCUGCGUAUCAUCAAUGAGCCAACCGCUGCUGCUAUUGCUUAUGGGUUGGACAAGAAGGUUGGGUCUGAAAGGAACGUUCUCAUCUUUGAUCUCGGUGGAGGCACCUUCGACGUGUCCAUCUUGACCAUCGAGGAUGGUAUCUUUGAGGUCAAGUCCACAGCUGGAGAUACUCAUCUUGGUGGUGAGGACUUCGACAACCGCAUG